ACUGUUUGAAAAGCAGACAUCUCUGUAGAAAUCUGGAAAGCACUUUAAUUUGAUGGGACUUUUAUUUUAGUUUGUCUGGGUACAUGCACAUGUUGCUGCAAAAAGAAAUGUAAUAGAAGCUUUAGUUGUAAAACAGCCUAUUCAAAAGUAGCAUUGUUGAUACAGAUAUUAAAUUCAGAAAGAGGUAAGGAACAUCAUAAGAUAGGGUACAAUCAGGGUAAGAUAGAAAAAGCAGUUGGAAAAAGAAGGGUGUUUUACAGAAUUGGGAAGAAGAGGAGGAAUCAAGGCAAAAGAAACAGUUAUAUAAUUGUUCUUGGAUUUUGAUAUGCAGGAUUGAUUAAUACAUCAAUUAUUGUCAGAAAAUGUAAUAUAGACAAAUGUGUACUGCAGAGAAGAUGAGGCUGCAGUGGAUGUUUCAUUACAUUGCCACAGAAAAAGAAGUAUUGUUAUGACUUUGCCUGUAGAGCUCAAUUUCUUCUACUUUUAAACAACCAAGGAGACUCUUUUGGAUAAAUUCAAACAAUGUCAGAUGACAAGAAUACUCUGAGUCAGCUCAGGGACCUGGUGGAGCUGAAAGACCAGCUGGAGGACAUCCAGAAACGAAUGGAAGAUGAAAUACAAGCUGGGAUUCCUCCAGGAGGGAGCCUGCUUGCUUCUCCUUUCUUAAAGGGUUUUCUAGCCGGUUACGUCGUUGCCAGGCUACGCUCUUCAGCACUGAUGGGUGUUGCAAUAGGAACAUGCACAGGGAUAUAUGCAGCACAAAACUAUGCAGUUCCAAAUAUUGAAAACACCAUCAAGGAAUACAUACAGAACCUGAAAGGAGGACGUAAAUGAGAGGAAAGCGGCCAAUAGAGGAUGGUUACUACAUCAAGAUGCUACCAGUACAGCUGUGCACACGGAACAGACGUGUAUUUAUAUUCACUUUCUACAUCGAUCACUGUAACACUCAGUUCGUGUGAUCUAAAUGUGGUCUCAUUUUUUUUCAUUCAGAUUUUGGAUCUGUGUUGAGCAAAAUUCAUGCCAUAUGCAGGGGAUUAACUUUAAUAGAUUUUCUAAAUUGAGGACAAAAAUGAAAUGUCAGCAGCUUUAAAAAGAAAGAAGUAUAUUCCUUUGUAGGGUGCCCACUGAUGGAAAUUAAAACAAAUUGUGAAUGUAUGAAGGAAAAUCACAAAAUCCUGUUAUAAUGCCCUAAAAGAAAAAAUGUUUAAGCCAAAUAACGUUUCUCAAGAUUUUAUCCAGUUUGUGCAAUUUUGCCAACUUGUGUCCGUCAUCUACCUUUCAUUAAAUCAGCCAAUUAUCCCUUGAUUGUCUAUGAUUGUGCAUCAGCUGGUCAAAUACUAAUAAUGUUAGAUUAUUUUUUCCCCCCGUUUAUUAAAUGUAUCAAGGUGGUCUAAGGGUGGCCAUAUUUUCAGGCUAUAGAUAACCAAUAGGUUUCACUUUUCUGAGUUUAAUAAAAAUCAAAUAAAAUUCAGAGACAUACUUUGAUCCAUAAACUAGAGUAACUUUAUAUUUCUUUCAUAUUCUGUUGAAUUCAAAAACAUCUGCUUGUAUCAAAGAAGCUGCAGCAGAUUUAGUAUUUUUUAUUUUGCAUGUUUAAGUCCUUAGACAGUAUAAUGGGAAGCAGCCUCGGUGUCAGAGAGAACUGGAGCUCUGUAUGGGCCAGGAAAAACCUGACCAUUGCAUCUAAUGUUCUGAUAUUGUUCUCCCAAAGGACUUUGCUUCAUCUCAUGCCCUCUGUUGGUCACAAAUUACCUACAGAAGCCUUAACCUCUGUACCAUUUUUCCCUCAGUGUAAAACAGCCUCACUUUGCAUCUGAGAGUAUGUGUGUGUGUGUGUGUGUAUAUAACCUGUCAAAACCUGACUGGCUUUUCAUCGUUUGCAAAUGAUCAAACAUUUGUGCUGUAGAGUGGCAGAAAAUCCUCACUUUUCUUUAGGAUUACAAAAUUCAUAGAAAAAUAAUUGGUAUAUCUGUUUUUAAAAUUACAUUCUUAUUAUAUAUGCUGGACACACUUUGACAUUGUCAGACUUUCCAUUCUGUGCUCGUCAGCAAUAUUAUCCGGAGUUUAUAGUGCCACAAAAGCAAAAAAUAUAUUUAAACUGUAUGUAGCGUUAAUGCUUGUAGGGAUAUUGGGAAAAUGUGUGUUUUAUGUAAAGGUAUUUGCAAGAUUUGUGCCUGAUCUGGUUUGAACUUGAUCUCAUCUCAUGCCAUAUGUGCAUUUUCACAGAGAUCUGGCUGCCUACUUCAUGCUGGAAAUUAGUUGAUUUUUGCACUUCUGUUACAUUAAUUUGACAAACCUUUUUUUUUUUUUUUUUAACCUGAUGUGUCAAAUCAUGUUUGUUUGAUAUUUAAUGUAUUUGAAAACGUCCUUCUGUUUUGGAAGAAAUGCAUGUGCACUCUUUAUUUUAAAACGGGCCCCCUGCUGGUUUGUUUUUAUCUUUUUCUGAAACUGAUUGAUUCUAAUUCUGCACUGUUAAUUUCUUACAUCUAUAACAACACAAAUUAAAUGAUAGAACACUUAAAAAAAAGUCCAAAAUAUAAUUAUGUUGUUAUUGGAAGAUAUUUCAAAAUGUAGGGAUGGCCUGAAAAUGUCACAUUUUUCCACAUUUGUACAGUUUAAAACUCUUGUUCUGUCAAUUUUUGAACUCUGUAAAAGUAUGUUCUUUAAUAAGAGAUGGCUGUAAAGCAGCACUGAGGGUUUCACAUAAUAAUACAUCACUGAUGGUGUGUUGUUUCCAUUGUGACAUUGUCAGGUCUCUAACGGGUAUACGAAAACCAAGCCAUCAAAGAAAAUCUGAAUUGAGAUUGUUUUCGUUGUAUAACUGUGUUAAAUUGUUUUAAUGUUGCUUUUGAAGGUAUGGCAGGAAAAAAACAAAACAUUUGUACUGUAUGACUAAUAUCUGCAACACAAAAGUGAAGAUGUGCCUAUUGACAAUCAUUUUGUUGCCCCUGUAUUAUGUAUGGUUUGAUCUUUAAAUUUUUUAUUUAACCUUUUUUGUUCUUUGUCUUUAAGCAAUAUCUUUUCUGGAAUGGUGAUUUGGAGCAGUUUUAUUAUUCUUACUUUAACUGGGUUUGUUUUGGGGUUUUAAUUCCUGUCUGCAAGACUCUGGAGAAAAUAAAAACACUCCAGAUAAAUUCCACUCACAAGAAGAAACCAUCGAAAAAGUAAAUGAUUUAUUUGAGUUGUUCAAAUAAAUUGAAAAUUAUGUGAGCCCUA